AUGCGGCAAUAUUAUGUGGCUACCACCCUGGUGGAGCUGCUUCAGGCGCUGCAGGCCGACGCCAGCGGCGUGGCGCUCGCGGUAGCGUGCGGGUCGCGGGACGCCCUUGACGAGGUCGUGGCUGCGCUUGCCGAGUGCGGCAGCUUUGCACUCGCCGUGCUGCACUCAGACCUGCAGGUGUCUGAGAUCGAGCGGCGGGUGGCGCGGCUCAAGCAGCACGCGCAACACCAGCAGCAGGGGCGCGACAAGGAGCAGCAGGGCAAAGAGCGGCCGGCGGCCCUGCCUCAGCAGCAGCAGCAGCAGCAGCGGCAGCAGCAGCAGCAGCAGCAGCAGCAGCCAGGUUUGGAACAACAACAGCAAGGUGCAGGCGGUGGGCCCGCUCGGCCGCCGCAGCAGGUGGGCCCCCUCCUGGGAACCCCGCCUGCGGGCAGCGAUGGGCAAGGAGGCGGCGGCAGCGGCGGCGGGGACACGGGCGGCGAGGACCCUGAGUUCGAUGCACCCGGCCAGGCGUCCCUGGUGCUCGCCGCGACGGACGUGUGCCUGAAAGUGCUCCCGAAGGAGCUGCUGCCCCUCGGCCUCCCGCUGCUCAUCCAAUACGACAUACCCACAACCAAGGAGGUCUUCACACGCCGUGUGUCCACGGUCUUUGGCGGCAGCAAGGAGCGGCGGCGCAUGCAGCGGUCUGUUGUGAUAGACUUUGUGGCGGCGGGGGAGCUGCCGGCCUUCAGGGCGCGUGAGCGGUUCAGCACCACACCGGUCCUCGAGAUGCCGGUGCACGUGCCAGAUAUCCUAUAG